AUGGAAAGCCAUGGUCUCCUUCCCUCUCUUCUCCUCCUUUUGACAACUCUGUUUUCUGGUGUUUCCACAAAUAUAGAUGUAUCUAUCAAAAGCACUCUCAUGAGCCCUUUUAACUGCUCUUCGCAAAUCAGGACGUGUAAUGCUUCUCUAUACCACAUCAACUAUGGUACUCUCCGAGAAGAUCAAAUUGCAGCUUUUUACUCUGUCAGUGUUUCCCAAAUGAAGCCCAUAACAUAUGGCAACAAGCAAGAUUACCUUAUAACAGUACCUUGUUCUUGCAAUAAUAUGGGUGGGACUACCGGAUAUUUCUAUGAUACAAUCUACAAAGUGAAAGCAGGUGACAGUUUUGUGAAUGUUUCAGCUCAGCUUUAUAGUGGUCAAGCUCUUAGAGUUGGGACAGAAUUAUUUAUGCCUGAAAUAGAUUUUACCAUGCAUCUUCUAUGUGGAUGUGUAGAAAGUGACACACAAACUGUGGCAACAUACACUGUUCAGUUACAUGACACAGUUUCAAGUAUUGCCACUCUUUUAUCUGCCAAAGUAGAGAACGUGGUGAGCUUGAAUAGAAAUUUGACCGAGAAUCCAGAUUUUAUAGAUAUAGGUUGGGUGUUGUAUGUGCCCAUGGAGAAGAAUGGAAAUGAAAAUCCAAAACCAGGAAGGAGACAUAAAAUUACGAUAAUAAUCAUCAUCGCAUUAGCAGCUGUGGCAACGCUUUCGGUGGCUGCAUUGUUAGCUAUCCUUCUCAAGAGAAGAAGAUCCAAGCAGAAAAGUGAAGAAGAUCCAAAAGCUGUAUCCAAAGCUCUGAGUGCUAGAUCCUUUUCCUUGCAGAAAUAUUUCAGUAAUAAAGAAAAUAUGGAAGAUAUGGCAGAUUUUGAACCAGAAAGACCAGUAAUAUAUACUCUAGAGGAGAUUGAAGAAGCUACAAGUCACUUUGAUGAAUCUAAGAUAGUUGGAGAAGGUGGAUAUGGGAGUGUGUACUUUGGAGCAUUAGGACAGCAGGAGGUUGCCAUAAAGAAGAUGAAAUCGAAUUUAUCCAAAGAGUUCUUCGCAGAGCUAAAGGUGUUAUGCAAGAUCCAUCACAUCAAUGUUGUGGAGCUUUUGGGGUAUGCCUGUGGAGAUGACCACCUUUACCUGAUUUAUGAAUAUAUUCAGAAUGGGUCUUUGAGGGAUCACCUUCAUGAUCCAUUACUAAAAGGUCACCAGCCUCUGUCCUGGGCAGCAAGAGCACAGAUUGCCCUUGAUGCUGCAAAGGGUAUUGAAUACAUCCAUGACCAUACGAAAGUACGGUAUGUGCACCGUGACAUAAAGACAAGUAACAUUCUUCUUGAUGAGGGGCUUAGAGCCAAGGUAGCAGAUUUUGGGUUAGCAAAGCUUGUCGGAAGAGCCAAUGAGGAAGAUCCAGUAGCAACGAGAUUGGUUGGAACACCAGGCUAUCUCCCUCCGGAAUCUGUGAAGGAGCUCCAAGUGACCCCAAAAGCAGAUGUAUUUGCAUUUGGAGUGGUUCUAGCAGAGCUGAUUACAGGACAGCGUGCACUUAUACGUGACAACCGAGUGCCAAACAAGAUGAAAUCUCUUAUCACAGUUGUUAAAGAUAUAUUCGGAGACGAAAAUCCAGAGUCAGCUUUAGAAGCAGAAAUAGAUGGAAAUCUUCGGAGCAGCUAUCCCAUUGAAGAUGUUUUCAGGAUGGCAGAGAUUUCGCAGUCAUGUUUGAGUGAAGAAGCAGUUGAGAGACCAGAGAUGAGGGAUAUUGUUGUUGCUUUGUCUCAUAUUGUAUCUUCUGCCAGAGAGUGGGAAGCUUCACUAGGAGGUAACAGCCAGGUUUUCAGUGGUCUGUUGAAUGGAAGAUAGAAAAUAAUCAACAGCUUUUUCCUUUCUUUCUUUCUUUCU